AUGUUUAUUUAUCUCUUUGCAGGUCUCAUAGAAACAAUGAGACAGACAAACUCUGCAAGUUGGUCUCAGAAUCCAGACCAGUUUGGGGACUUGGCAUCUUCUCUGAACAACUACUUCAAUCAGGCAGCAUUGUCACAGAGUCAUAGAGGCGGUAGUGAUGGCUUUUUGGCAAGUUCGAACAACAGUAUAUCCCCUGCAGGAGAGUCAGUACAGGGAGAGAACCAAGUCACAAACAUUGUCUUCAAUCCACACUUCCUUCAUUCUGAUGAACUUGAUGAUGACUUUGAAUGGGAUAAACUCCUCUGA